AUGAGAGCUUCCCUCCGACCGGCCCUACACGCGGCUACGCGUACACGGCUGACCUCCGCGGCCCGCAUCGGUAACUUCCCGGCCCGCAUGGCAACAGCGGCCGCGGCUCAACCGAUCACACCCGCGACAAAUCCCGCGACCACACUACCACCGAGCCAAGCCCCCCUUUCCGAGCGCGAUGUCGAGCAGAUCUCAGCUAUUUUCUAUCAGCCAUUGAUGGAAUUGACGUACCAAGCUGCCAACAUCCACCGCCGGUUCCACAACCCUGCCGAGGUCCAGCUCUGCACCCUGAUGAAUAUCAAGACAGGUGGUUGUACCGAAGACUGCUCAUACUGCGCUCAGUCCACUCGAUACCAAAAGGGGACCGGCCUUGAAGCAAAGCGUGUCGAAACCGUAGAGUCUGUCCUCGAAGCGGCCCGCGUCGCCAAGGAAAAUGGCAGCACCCGUUUCUGCAUGGGCGCCGCCUGGCGCGACAUGCGGGGCCGCAAGAACAGCUUGCGAAACAUCAAGGAGAUGGUAUCCGGCGUGCGGGCGCUAGGUAUGGAGUCUUGCGUGACCCUCGGCAUGAUCGAUGCCGAGCAAGCCAAGGAGCUCAAGGAGGCUGGUCUGACCGCGUACAACCACAACGUCGACACUAGCCGCGAGUUCUACCCGAGCAUCAUCUCCACGCGUACCUACGACGAGCGUUUGAAGACGCUGGGCCACGUCCGCGACGCUGGCAUCAACGUCUGCUCCGGCGGUAUCUUAGGUCUUGGUGAGACAUCGGAGGACCGUAUCGGUCUGCUGUACACCGUCUCCACUCUGCCGAGUCACCCGGAGAGCUUUCCCGUCAACGCGCUGGUUCCUAUCAAGGGCACACCGCUGGGUGACCGCACGCCCAUUGAGUUCACCAGCAUGCUACGCACCAUCGCGGCGGCCCGCAUUCUCAUGCCUGGAACCAUCAUCCGGAUUGCGGCUGGGCGCAAGACGAUGGCGGAGGAACAACAGGCAAUGUGUUUCAUGGCCGGGGCGAAUGCGAUCUUCACGGGCGAGAAAAUGUUGACGACUGACUGCAACGGGUGGGAUGAGGAUGCGGCAAUGUUUGGACGCUGGGGGUUGGAACCCAUGCGGAGCUUCCGCAAGUCGGCGGUUGCGUCCGCCGGGGAUGUUGCUGCUGCACCGGUGAUGGAGGCUGUGAUUGAUACACAACGAAUCCCGACACAACUUCCGUUUUUGCUCGGUUGGUGUCUGCCAAUUCCGACCAUGAAUUGCCUCGGGCUGGGAGGCGGCAAGUCAAGGCGGCUGUUCACCCGACAGACGCUCUUGAUUGCCGUCGCCGUCUGCAUCGUCUGGGUCGUGUGGCUGCAGUUCAGCAACGACCUGUCACAACACUGGCCUGACCUAGGGCCUGGGUCUUCGACAUCAGAGGAGAACUACAAUGGGCCGAAACGGAUCCCCACACACAACGUGCUGCCGCCGAUGGCAGAGCGCAUCGCCUGUCAUGGCCCCCGUGGCCAUUUACUCGGUCAAAGCCGGGAUGACGACCUCCAUGAAAGCGAGCUCGAUGGCCCCUACCCCAUGCCUUGGGCCGGAAACUACGAGGAAACCGGUCUUGACCUGACCGUCAUGACCGUUGACGAACGAUAUGGCCCAUACGGCUUCGGCGAAGAGAAGGAGACCUACAACCGGCAAAAAGUGGACUGGAAGAGCGUCGAUUGGGGCCAGUUGCAGAACGACUGCUUCCAACGCAAUCGCGACCGUUUCCCUGCUGCGGCCACCCGCUUUGAAGACACCCGCGUCGCGGCCCCGCGUUUCGGCUUCCGUCACGUUUCCAAGAUUCCCCAGAUCCGUCACUGGCAUGAAUUCGAGGCGUCACGGCGCACGGCUAUUGUUGUGCGUGCUUGGCGCGGGUUUAAAUACAUGCCGGAAGACAUGUACUAUCUCCGCUCGCUCAUCACCGAGACCGCGCUUAAGUCUGGUGGCGAGUACCAAGUCAUCCUGCUUGUCGAUAUGAAGGAUUACGAGGGGUACGACAACAACAUCUUUGCCUCGGAAGAGGCGUACAAGAAGGGUCUUGAAGACGCCGGCGUCCCCCCUGAGUUGCAGUCCAUUGCUUUGCUGUGGGACGUCCGUCUGCUGGAGAGCUGGUACCCCAUGAUUGAGGAACACAGGACUAUGUGGCAGGUGUUCCAGCCCAUGCAGCUACUCGCUCUCCAUUACCCCGAGUUCGACCACUUCUGGCAACUCGAGCUCGAUAUGCGCUUCCUCGGCGACGCCGGCAAGUUCCUCGAUCGACUCUCCGCCACGGCCCGCAACGAGCCCCGCAAGCAGUCGCUCGAGCGGUCCAGCUUCUGGCACAUGAUCGCCGAGACCGGCGACUACGGCGAGUUCUUCCUGGCCGUCAACCAAUCCAACAACGGCGGCUCGCACGCCUGGGGCCCCGUGCGCGUGCGCGAGAUCCUGCCCAUCGGCCCGGAACCUCCCGUUACCGACCCGCGCGACGACCACUUCGAAUGGGGCGUGGGCGAAGACGCCGACGCGCUGCUCACCUCCUUCUGCAUGGACGCCAACAUCCCCAACAAGUGGAUCUUCCGCGAAUGGAUCUGGGGCCUCCAAACCGGCGUACACACCCCGCGCUUUUACUGCCCGCCCGCCAUCCAGCGUGGCUCGCGCAACCUGUACCUGGCCAUUCACCAAGCCCAACUCGAGCACGGCAUUCGGCUCCCCUCGGAAGCUACGCUUCCCAGCUUUGCGCUAUGGCACGGCCUCAAGCUUUCCUUCCCGCAGCACCCAGUCUUCCACCGCGACAAGGACGACGUCGAGAACCGUCGCGGGUGGUGGCGUGGCGGCCCGCGGGCCAGCUCAUCAGGUCUCGGCCCGGACAACUCGGACCACCCGCGUGGCAAGGGUCUGUCUUUCUGGUGGGAGUCGACAUGGUCGCGUCAUGUGUUCAACGACUGGUACGGCCGUAAGCUGGACAAGGACAUGGAGCGGCCAUGGAUCAUUCGUGAGAUGGAGGGGAAGUUGUACUUGCCUAACAUGAUGUUGCACCCUGUAAAACACGUCGCGCCGAAAUAG